UUAUAUGUUUUAGUAGACACUUCCUNUAUUAGUNANAAAUAUAGAANGUAUAUUCCGUUAUUGCUGGAAGUCAUCAAAGAAUCUAUGAAGGAAAGAACUGAUGUUGUAAACUAUAAUGUUGAUACUGGUAGUAAUAAUCCUCACAGUAUAACUCUAAUGUUUCAAGUUGAAUUACAAAACUAUGAAAAAAGUAUACAAUUGUAUAAAGAGCUUUUAUAUGAUAUUGAACUAACAGCCGACAAAUUGACACUCUUAAUAACGGAAGUAACAAACAAUCUUAAGCAAAAAACAGAAAAAGAUAUUACUCUUCUUACAGCUAUAAUGUUAAUGGUGUUGUAUAAANCAGACAAUUAUCCGUAUCCAUCCAACAUAUANGAGCUGUAUANUGUGUUGAAUNGUAUCAGAGACCGUCUAAAUACUGCAGAACAAGAGAAAGUGUUAAAGGAAAUCGAAUGUGUUCGAAAAACGAUGUUUUCACCACAGAAUAUGUUUGUGUACAUGGCCGUCAAUGUCGAUAAAUUAANCGAACACGUUCCUGANGUCUAUGCUCCGUGGAAUAAAUUUUNUCCAAAGUUUAUGACAUCAAAAAAAACAAGGCCUAAUGUCACCGUUAAUUGGAAAUUACUUAAACCGUUUAGUGAAGGAACUUUUAACGCUGUUGUUUAUUUAAUAGAAAAUGUAUAUUCGUCCUUCUUACAAGUUUGUCCUUGUAUCAAUGAUUCUGACGAUCUUAAUUUGCCAGCUUUAAUUGUCUGUUUGCACUAUUUCACACAAAUGGAAGGACCUUUAUGGAAAGUAAUGAAAGCAAAAGAAUGUUCUUGUGACUUUAAUAUUUUUGCGAAUCCGAGCACAGGACUCUUAUAUCUNCAGUUUNUUAAAUGUACAGACAUAGNAGCUGCGUACACGACGACGAAAGUGAUAGUGGAGACGCAUAUUACGGAAGCCAAAUGGGACCAACAUCUUUACGACUCAGCUAAAUCGUUAGCUAUCUUAAAAUAUGUAAACGAAGUGAAAUCCAUAUACAACGCAAUAGACGUAUCUUUUGAAUACUACUGCAAAAACAUGCCGCCUGAUUAUAAUUUUGUUAUGGUGCAACGUAUUUCUGCCGUUACUAUGGACGAUAUGAGCCGCGUGGCAGCUUCGUAUGUUAAAUCGUUGUUUGAUCCGAAANGCGUCAAAACUGCCAUCGUCUGUAAUAAGUUCAAAUUCGNCGAGAUACUAANAGCUUUUGAUGGGUAA